AUGAACACGCCGCCGACUUCUCGUGUCGCAUCUUUUGGUCAGACGGAGAUUAACUGGGACAAGCUUGACAAAAAGAGGUUUUACGUUGUUGGAGCUGGGCUCUUCACUGGUGUGACAGUAGCUCUAUACCCUGUCUCCGUUGUGAAAACAAGGAUUCAAGUUGCUUCUAGAGAAAUUGCUGAGAGGAGUGCUUUCUCUGUGAUUAAAGGCAUACUGAAGAAUGAUGGUGUUCCUGGUCUAUACCGAGGUUUCGGUACUGUAAUUACUGGUGCGGUACCUGCAAGGAUCAUCUUUCUCACUGCUCUUGAGACCACAAAGAUUUCUGCUUUUAAGUUGGUUGCACCUCUCGAGUUAAAUGAACCUACACAAGCCGCCAUUGCUAAUGGCAUAGCCGGCAUGACCGCAUCUCUUUUCUCACAGGCCGUGUUUGUCCCAAUCGAUGUUGUUAGCCAAAAGUUGAUGGUGCAAGGAUACUCAGGGCAUGCUACAUAUACUGGUGGUAUUGAUGUUGCCACAAAAAUCAUCAAGUCAUAUGGCGUGAGAGGCUUGUACAGGGGAUUUGGCUUGUCUGUUAUGACAUAUUCUCCUUCAAGUGCUGCUUGGUGGGCCAGCUAUGGAUCAAGCCAGCGUGUCAUCUGGAGAUUCUUAGGCUAUGGUGCUGACUCAGAGGCGACUGCUGCUCCUAGUCAGUCAAAAAUUGUUAUGGUCCAGGCUAUUGGAGGCAUUAUCGCCGGUGCAACAGCAUCCUCAAUCACAACACCAUUGGACACUAUCAAAACGCGAUUGCAGGUGAUGGGACACCAAGAAAAUAGACCUUCAGCGAAACAAGUGGUGAAGGAUCUGAUAGCACAAGAUGGGUGGAAAGGAUUCUACAGGGGUUUGGGUCCAAGAUUCUUCAGCAUGUCUGCUUGGGGAACCUCGAUGAUAUUGACUUACGAGUACCUAAAGCGUCUGUGUGCAGUAGAAGAUUAG